ACGGACGGUAGGUACAACACACAACAUUGCAGACGGAUUAAUAAUAAUACAGCUAAGAGACGACGGACUAGUGUUGUCAGAUAAACUACACAGUCAAAACCUAAAUACAAGAAUCAAAAUUAUUCAUAGAGUAAAAAAACCUUGUUGUUGAAAGAAACCAACAAAACACAAGCCUACCUUAAUUCAACCAUGCGUUCUUUACUAUAACAAUUAAAUUGUGCACAAGUUUUGUUAGUGUAAAACCAACUUAAAUAAGUUACUGUUAUUUAAAAAAAAAUUACAAAAUGAUGUUGUGAGCAAAAUUUAUUGUGUUUUUCAUUACAAAAUUAUUCCAUCUAAAAGAACUUUUAAAAAGAAAACAUCCAGCGGUGCCUCAACAACAUUUAUGUCCGUGAUACACAAAGUGAACCAAAAUCUGUGAUAAAAAAAAUUUUGUUAUGAAAAAUUAACGAAAACGCAACAAAAAUACGUAAAACAAUAAAAUCAAAAGACACAAAAAACAAAAACAAUGCCAACAGUCGUAUCAAAAAUCCUUGAUAAAUCAAGUGAAAUUUACAAAGAAUUAAAUUUACCAAAAAAUGUCGUUACAACAACGAUUGUUGGUACAACAUUAUUUUUAUAUGGCGUCAAAAUAACGUAUCCAUUAAUUGAGAAACAUUUAUACUGUCAAAACAAUGAAAAAACAAAAAUUGAAAAUAAUAAUUAUGCAAAAAGUGGGACACAAUCGGAUAACGAUGAACGGAAUGUACUUAAUAGUGCAACGGAAAUUGAGAUUUCAAAAUUACGACGACGUUUACCUGGAUUAGAUGAGAAAUUUGUUAAACAAUUUUUAACAUUGAUUAAAAUUAUGAUACCAAGCUUAGUAUGCCAUGAAACUGGUUUGUUAAGUGUACAUACAGUAUGUUUAAUAAUACGUACAUUUUUAAGUAUAUAUGUUGCCACCAUGGAGGGUGCUAUCGUUAAAUAUAUGGUGCGACGUGAUGUCAAUAAUUUCUUUUUAAUGUUAUUAAAAUGGUUUGCGAUAGCGAUACCAGCAACAGGAGUCAAUUCAUUAAUACGAUAUUUAGAAAAUAAAUUAACUAUUGCAUUUAGAUCACGUUUAGUUGAACAUAGUUAUGAUUUGUACUUCAAAAAUUCAAGUUAUUAUCGAGUUUGUAACUUAGAUGGUCGAAUUGAAAAUCCUGAACAUCGUUUAACUGAUGAUAUUGAUACAUUAUCUAGUUCAGUUGCACGCCUUUAUAGUCAAAUUACAAAACCAUGUUUCGAUUUAUUACUUGUUGCAUUAGCUUUAACAAGGACUACAAAAAGUAUGGGCGCAGCUAUUCCAGGUCCAGUAUUAGCAGCAUGCGUAAUGUUAGUUACUGGAUACAUAUUACGAGUUGUAUCACCGAAAUUUGGUGCAUUAGUAGCUGAAGAAGCCGAUCGCCGUGGUUAUUUACGUCAUGUUCAUUCACGUUUAGUAGCAAAUGCCGAAGAAGUUGCCUUUUAUAAAGGUCACAAAGUUGAAUUACAACAUUUACGGCAUGCUUACGCACGCUUAGUGGAACAAAUGAAUAAAAUAUUGGGCAAAAAAUUAUGGUUUAUUAUGUUAGAACAAUUUUUAAUGAAAUAUGUAUGGUCUGGUACCGGAAUGUUUGUUGUAUCGUUACCUAUUUUACUGGCCAAAGUUGGACCUAGAAAUAAACACGAUGAUCGACAAGGUGAUGGAGGAGUCAGUGAAAGAACACAAUAUUUCACAACAGCCAGGAAUUUAUUAUCAUCUGGUGCAGAUGCUGUUGAACGAUUAAUGUCUAGUUACAAAGAAAUUGUUGAACUCGCUGGUUAUACUUCGCGAGUUCAUACAAUGUUCGAGGUUUUCGAAGAUACAUCAAGAGGAAUUUAUAAAAAAGCAGUCGUUGAAAAUGUAAUGAAAAGUAAUUGUAAAAAUGGUUUUACAUUAGAGUUUAAAGAUGGACAACCCGUAAUUAAAGGAAAAAUUAUUUAUACAGUAAAUAAUGAAAUAAAAUUAGUAAAUGUACCAAUAAUAACUCCAAAUUGUGAUAUAGUAUGCCCCAGUAUCAGUUUACACAUUGUACCAGGUAUGCAUUUAUUAAUAACUGGACCAAAUGGCUGUGGCAAAUCGUCGUUAUUUAGAAUAUUAAGUGGUUUGUGGCCUAUUUAUAGUGGUGAAUUGUAUAUACCUAAAACAGCUAUGUUUUAUAUACCCCAAAGGCCUUAUAUGGUAAUUGGAUGUCUUCGGGAUCAAAUUAUUUAUCCAGAUACAUAUGUUGAUAUGAUUAAUAAACAAGUAACCGAAGAUAAUUUAAGGAAUAUAUUAAAAAUGGUGUAUUUAGAACAUAUUUUAGAUCGACAUGGUUUUGAUCAAGUACGAGAUUGGAAAGAUACACUUUCUGGUGGGGAGAAACAGCGUCUAGCAAUGGCUCGUUUAUUUUAUCAUAAAGCAAAAUAUGCACUUUUAGAUGAGUGCACAUCGGCUGUAUCAAUUGAUGUUGAAAGUGAAAUGUAUCAAUCAGCUAAAGAUUUAGGCAUCACAUUAUUAACAAUAACACAUAGACCUACAUUGUGGAAAUUCCAUACACAUGUACUACAAUUUGACGGUGAGGGUGGCUGGACAUUAAAAAGUUUGGACUCAAAUGAACGAUUAUCAUUGAAAGAAGAAAAAGAAAAAUUAGAAAAUGAAUUAUCUGGUUUACCGAACCAACAAGCUAGAUUACAAGAAAUUUGUAAGCAAUUAGGUGAAGAAUCGAGAUGUAUACCAACAAAAAAUAAUUGAAUACAAUUUUGUCAUAAUAAUGGUAUUUUAAAGAUGUGUGAUUUGUAUAUAUUUUAGUAAAUAAUAAAAAUAAUAAUUUAAUA